AUGUCUAUCUGCGACGAGCCGCAGCGUGACUACAGCUCGAGCGACGUCAGCGGGGAGGCCUUCGGCAUGCGCAAGGGCGUCACAACAGAUUUGAACAUCGAAGCGUUGGGAAGGUUACUCGACUCAAAACUAGUGGACGUCAAACGUGAUCUACAUAGGAUAGAAAAUAAGUUAAGUACCACCAAGCAAGAUAUUUUUAAUGAAAUAAAUAAGGAAUUCAACCGGGUCAUAGACACCCUUAAAGUCGAAUUUACACAAACAACAGACCUUUUAAGCGACCAAAUAAAAGACCUCCAGGUCGAACUGUCUACAGUCAACAAAAAAAUGCAGAAUCUCGAAGAAGAAAACUGUCGCCUAAGCGCAGAACUUACAGCUGUAAAAACUAACCCUACUACUAUACACAACAUAACGAAAUUGGAAGAUAUAGUCGAUCAAAUGCGUUUAGAACUAAAUGAUAGAGACCAGGCUCUGUUGCAGAACGAUGUGGAAAUAACAGGCGUUCCGGAACAGCCAGGGGAAUCACCUUUACACAUAACGAAAGCGAUUUCAUUGAAACUUGGCAUGGAAUUGGAGGAAAGAGAUGUUAUCAGUGUAGACCGAGUGGGGCAGGUUCGGACGACAAGCAGCGCGGACGGCACAAGGUCACGCCCCCGCCCUUUGGCUGUGCGGCUCUCGCGGCGUACACUACGAGAUGAUAUGCUACGGAACGCGCGAGUGCGCCGGGAUCUCGACACCAGGGACAUUGGACUUGCUGAGCACACCCCUAGCCGGAUAUUCAUAAACGAAAGGCUUACUAAAAUUAACCGGCAAUUAUUCUGGAAGGCCCGGCAAGCUGCCAAUGCGACCGGCUGGAAGUUUGUAUGGACCAGGGAGGGGCGCAUAUACGCAAAACAAACAGACAGUUUCGACAGCAAAAGGCUACGAAUUCACGAUGAAAAGGAAGUUGAACGGGUUUUUGGCACGGAUAGAACAUCGACUAAUAAUAAGUAA